GACAUGCAAACGCAUCCCCUUUCCAUCCUCCAAAUUAGUUCUUUCAGCGAACACUGCACCUAGAUUAUCUCCAUCGCGUUAGAAUCGCCUUCAACGAGAGACGAUAUUCCGUUGAUCUUCCCUACACGCGCCACCAGAAAUGGCCGCUCCAGCAAUCCCGAUCUCAAGUCCCCAGUCGCAAUCUCAAUCCCAACCUCCAAUCGCCACCCCCGCCUUCCGCGCCUUCAUCUCUCGCCUUUCCUCCUCGAUCCGCCAUGGCUUAUCUCAGCGCCGCCCUUGGUAUGAGCUCAUUGACCGGAGCUCCAUGGCUAGACCCGAUUCGCUCUCAGAAGCCGCAUCACGGAUCCGGAAAAAUCUCUCUUAUUUUAAAGUCAAUUAUAUUUCCUUCAUCGCAGUUGUACUCGCUUUCUCCCUCUUGUCUCAUCCUUUCUCUCUCCUUGUCCUUCUUUGCCUCCUUGGCGGUUGGAUCUUUCUCUACCUCUUUCGACCGUCGGAUCAGCCUGUCGUCAUUCUUGGUCGAACCUUCUCAGAUCGUGAAACCCUAGGUGUCUUGGUGGUGUUGACGAUUGUGGUGGUGUUUUUGACCAGCGUUGGAUCCCUCCUGAUAUCUGCUUUGAUGGUUGGAUUGGCUAUCGUGUGUGCUCACGGUGCAUUUAGGGUCCCUGAGGAUCUGUUUCUGGAUGAUCAAGAGCCUGCAAACGCUGGAUUCCUUUCCUUCCUCGGUGGUGCCGCUUCUUCAGCUGCCGCCGCCGCAGCUCCUGCCGUUGCCUCCCGCGUGUGAUGCCGAUCCCUCGACUGUACGGCAUCCCACUUUUGAUUAGUGUUUUUUAGUAUAUUUCUUGUAAGGGGUGAAGAUUCAAAUUUUUUUCUCUGAUCUAAAAGCAAAUGGUUUACAGUUUUGUAGAUUAUUCUAAGAUUUGGUGCGAUCUUAGAUCUUAUUAAUUGAUCAUGAUUAUCUCGGAAUUGAUUUUCAA